AGCGAGAUUUGGGUCAAAGGAGCCCCAGGCAGAUGGGAGCAAACUAUAUAAAGCAAUCCCACUUGGUUGCAGGGCACUGCAAGCCAGCAGGGCUUUCCCAAGAGCUGUCAGAAGAAUGAACUCUCUCCUUGGCCUCGCUGCGCUGUUUGCUUGGGGCUUGUCCCCAGCCCACGGGAGCCUCUUGCAGCUGCACCAGAUGAUCUCGGAGGCGACAGGGAAAAACGCUCUUCUGCAUUACGGCUUCUACGGCUGCUACUGCGGCCUGGGGGGCAAGGGGCACCCCAAGGAUGCCACAGACAGAUGCUGCCAGCUGCACGAUACUUGCUACCAAAACCUCCUGAACUACCACUGCCAUGCCAAGACACGGCUCUACCGCUACAGCUGGCACCAUGACAGGCUCUCCUGCAGAAAGGGCUCCCGGUGCUCCUACUUGUCCUGUGAAUGCGACCGCAGCCUGGCGCUGUGCCUGAGGAGAAACGUCAGGAGCUACAGGAAACUCUACCAGUUCUACCCCAACAAGCUGUGCUGGUGAUGGGAGCUGGGAUGCGGGGCCGGAGCAUGCGCGGGUCCGCGCUGGGAUCGCCCUUCAUCCCUGCCUGUGUUGACCACACCAGAGCUGCUGUAAAUUAAAUCAACGCGGAAAUAAACAAUGUUCUUGUUCAACGUCCUCGCUCCUCUGAGAGCUGCUGCUGGGCAGGGAGAGAAAUCCCCGUAAAUAAUCAACAUCUUCCCAAAACUUUCCAAGAACUCCGUCUCGGCCCCUGCGUCACUCGAGGCUGCAGCCCACGGGGAGAGGGGGCUGGCCGGGGGGGAAGGGGCGUAGCAUUCCGUGGGUUUGGGACAGACGAGUCAUUUUGGAGCUUCCAGUCGGAGCUCGCGGGCUGGACACGGAGGGCCAGCUCUCCCCGGGAGGACAGACUGGCAGCGAGGAAGAUCCCUGGCCCAGGUGAGAGGAAGAUGAAGGUCCUGCUAGCACUGACAAUGCUGUUUGCCUGCAGUGUGUUCACAGCUCAUGGGAAGCACCCACGCACGUUCACACCGGGACUCGAGGGAAGCACCGUAGGAAACCUGACUGCCCACGGAUGCUACUCGGGAUGGGGCACCUCGAGGGCUUCAAUGGACCGGUGCUGCCUGCUCCGAGCCUGCUGCUAUGCCAGGCUGGCAGCGCGGCGGUGCCGCGUGGGACCCGUGCAGCCGCCCCUCGCUGCGGCCCGGGCGGGGCUCCCCACCUGCAGGUCGGGGACGUGGUGCCAGCGCGGCGCCUGCAGGUGCGAGCGGGCGGCGUGGCUGUGCCGGGCUCGGCUCCGCCGGGCUCAGCUCCGCCGCCGCGCCAGGUGCCGGGGCCGGGCCGGGCGCUGCUGAAGCAAAACCUCCCUUCGCAAAGCCGCCUCCGGGCUGAGCCGCGAAGGGACGGCGCCGGCAGCGCUUCCCAGCCCUGGCGAGCCUCCUCCUCGGGCCUUCUUGGCUUCGAGGCGAGGACAACAACCCUCCGGUGAAGCCGCGUCACGGGAUCCGAGGAGGGGGAGCAGCGCUGACGUGGUGUCCCAGCACAGCAAAACAAGGGAGGGGCGGACACCUGCCCCUCGUCCCGGUGAGGGGCGAGAUGGGAAGCGUCUCCCCUCGGCUGCCUGUCCGCUCCCUCCGCUUCCUGCUUCACAGCAAAUUCCCUCCUGUUGCUCCGAAAUAAAACCAGAGAGCCCAAAGCA